AAAAAGAAGAAGAGAUUCAGAUUCAACGUAAACAUAAACAUACCAUCAUAAAAAUAAAUUUUUUGAGUGAUUUGUAUUUCUUAAUCUUAAUAAUCUUAGUCACAUUUAAAUAAAAACAACAAAAUGGUAGAACGCAUAAUUCCAAUACAAAUGGAAGAUGACGAUAAUUCAGGCGAAGAGUCUGGGGCUAAUGCUAAUGGUAAUGUAGUAAAUAGUGACACUACAAAAGAGAGUUGUGUGGAAAAUUCCCAAGAAAAAUCAGACCAUAAAGAAAGUUCUCCAAAUAAUGAGAAGGAGCAGAAGCUUCUCAUUUUAAUAAAACCCAUGUCAAAAACUAAAGACUUAUUAGAGAAUCUUAAAAAAUACGAUGUUUUUGAAGAACGCAGCAAAUUUUCUUUACCAAACAUAAAUGUUCCCGAAAAAAUUAUUUUAGUUAUAGAUAGAGCUCAAGAUGAACAUUGCACAAGUUUUGCAGAAGCCAACGGUAAAUACACACCAUUGUCAAUGCUCAGAAAGUCUCUACAUCUGUUCGUAAAUCUGAAACAUUCGAUCAAUAAGAAUCAUGAGUUCGCUAUUGUUCUUCUGAAUGAAAAUACUGCCACAUGGGCACUACCUUUCACUAGUGAGUUGAGAAAAGUAAAUAAUUGUAUUGAAAAAAUAACACAGUGUGAAGUUGAAGAUACAUUUAACAUGAAUUUAGUUUUUGAAGAAAUUUUACCCAACAUUAAGAUACCUCAAGAUGAAAUCGCUCCACCUUAUAUAAUUCGUACUAUAAUAUGUUACGGAAGAUCAUACACAAUACCAGAAAUUAAAUUCUCAGAAAAAAUUGUGAAAUUGUUGGACAAUCCGUUUUUUAUUUGUGAUGUACUGAUGACCCAUGAACCAGUCGAUGAUAGUAAUUAUUGUAAUAAAAUAUUUGAAUGUUUACAGAAUAUUGAUAGAAAAGGUAUAUCAUACUUUUUUCCAGUGGGUAGAAGUGCUUUAAGGUUGCAUAAUUCAAUGGCAAAAUUACUAGGACACGGUUUACAACGACCUUUUCAAACAUUUCACAAAGAGUAAAUAGUUCUCUGAGAUUCAUGUUAAACUAUAGGUAUGUUCCUUUGUUUUCUGGUGUACCACUAGUUCUGAAAAAAUGUUAACAAAAUGCUACACUAAGUCUUUCAUUUGCAACAUGUAGUGGUACACUACCAUGUUCCAUUGAUAAGUGUAACACUAGUGUAGAUAAAUUUACACCUGUUUCUGAGAGGAUGACUAUCUAUACUCGUCUUACGCAGUAACAUUCAACCAAGUUAACCAAAAACUAAAGUAUGAACACAUUUUAACUUAAUUUUUUAUUUUGUUGUUUCUAACCUCACCAAAAUAAUCUGACUUGUUAUAAUCUUAACUCAAGGGUUAACUACACUAGAGCAUUCCUUUGCUUAGUGGCACAUCAGUGAUUUUCGUUUGAUAUUAGCCAAUGUAGCCUACACUCUAAAGUGCUACACUGGAAAACAAAGGAAAAUACCUUAUAUUUAUAAUGUUGACAAUGUUUCUUUAAUGUAUAUAUUUAAAAAUUAUUGAUAAUCUGUAUAAUUUUUCACUUGUAUCAUUACAAAUUUCAUUAAA